CACAAGGCUGGGAGUAACAUCAGAAUUCAGGGGGACAUCCACACAGGAGGAGACCUUCCAGGAUGAUUGUGAAAACAGCAUUAAAAACAUCCCUGAUGUUUGAUGAGUCCUCCAACAUGAAAUUAGGCGUGAACAAUCAAAAAGACGUCAAAACGUUUCAAAUCUUGGGGGCAAUUCUGACUCUUGGUCUGGUCCUGGUGGCUUUUUACUUCCUAAGCAUGGACAGCACAGCUGAUGGUAACGGAGAAAAAGCGGCAAUUGUCAGCAUUUACAGAAAUGUGGAGGAGGAAGGACUGUACAGAGAUCUCCCAGAAGAAGAAGGACUCUAUGGGGACAUCCCAGAAGCCACCAACAGAUGCAAUGACUCCUGCAGCUUUGAACUUGUGGAAAAUGUUCCAUAUGACUUACCCUUCGAGAUAAACAGCACUGCAGCCAAACCCUUGUACCAAGCCUGGACAAAACUGCUUGAUCUAGCCCAGGAAAAAGUGUAUGUGGCUUCUUACUACUGGUCUCUCACUGGGAAGGAUAUUGGUGUCAAUGACUCCUCUUCCAAGCAGGGUGAAGAUAUUCUGCAGAGGUUUGAGAGGUUACUUGCACAGAAUGUCUCUUUGUAUAUUGCAGCAAGCUCACCCACUCUGGCUACAAAAUCAAGGGACCUUGAGCUUUUAGAGGAAAAAGGGGCUCAUGUGAAAAAGAUUGAUUUUGGACAUUUGACAGGAGGAGUGUUGCAUAGCAAAUUCUGGAUAGUAGACAUGAAACACGUAUAUAUUGGUAGCGCAAACAUGGACUGGAGAUCUUUAUCUCAGGUGAAGGAGCUUGGUGCUGUGAUGUAUAAUUGCAGCUGCUUGGCCCAAGACCUCUGGAAAACAUUUAGUACCUACUGGGAUGUUGGAUAUCCUAAUGCUACCAUCCCAGACCCUUGGCCUCUUAAUUACUCAACCCACAUUAACAAGCAUAAUCCUCUGGAAGUAGAAUUUAAUGGAAUCUUGACAAAAACCUAUUUUUCUGCUUCUCCUCCAGCAUUUUGCCCAGAAGGUCGCACCCGUGACCUCCAUGCUAUACUCAGUAUCAUCAGCCAGGCACAGGAGUUUGUCUAUGUUUCUGUUAUGGAAUAUUUCCCUACCAGCCGUUUUAUUCAACCAAAAAGGUACUGGCCAGCCAUUGACAACGCCCUGAGACGUGCAGCUUUCAACCACCGAGUGCGGGUCCGGCUCCUGGUCAGCUGCUGGGCCUACACCGACCCAGCCAUGCUCCACUACCUCAGGUCCCUGCGUGCCCUCGACAACCCACACGCCCACAUCAGCAUCGACGUGAAACUCUUCAUUGUUCCUGUUCUCAAUCACACAAACAUUCCUCAUGGGAGAGUGAAUCACAACAAGUACAUGGUCACUGAUAAAGUAGCCUACAUCGGGACCUCCAAUUGGUCAGAAAACUACUUCACUGAUACAGCUGGUGUGGGACUAAUUAUCAAACAGGAUUCAACCAACCUGCAAAGAAGGCAACAACCCGUCCAGGAGCAGAUGAAAGAUCUUUUUGAGCGAGACUGGAAUUCCCAAUAUGCGGUGAAUCUGGAAGAUGUGCAGGGACAGAAAGACUGUAAAUGGGAUUAGACCUGAAGUGAAUUGAAAUGUGCACUUAAAAUAGAAACAAAAAAAUGAAUUUGAAUCUUGUUCACAUGCAAAUCAAGGAACUCUCUUCUUUUUGUCCUUGUCAGAGAAAUCACUUCCUCGUGGCAUCCACACUGGUGGCAUGAGAAUUUCUGAUAGUUGACUCUACCUGCAAAACCACCAGUCAGUGUGUGAUGUUUGAUUUUUUGGUGUGAUUACCUCAUUGCAGAGUUAAUGAAAUGCAUACAAUGUUGUAUGACAAGCUGUCUGACAUUAAAGCAAACAUCAGA